AAAAGCAUAUGCACCAUAAGAAAUACACCAGCAGUUGACUUGACUCGACAUGGGUUCUUGCAUCUCCACAGCAUCUUCAGAGAUUCUGAAUGCUGAAAGUGCUCAAGAAAAUGUGGUCUACCAUGAAGAUACUAAUUAUUCAGAUGAAUCCCAGGUGAGAGUUGGCUCCAUUCAUUCUCAUCAAGGAAGCAAAGGUCUAAACCAAGAUGCUGCAAUUCUCUAUCAGGGCUAUGGAAUGGAAGAUGGAGCUUUCUGUGGAGUCUUUGAUGGACAUGGAUAUUAUGGUCAUAAGGUCAGCAAGAUGGUGAGGAACCGGUUGCCAUCGUUGCUUCUGAACCAGAUGAAUGCAAUGGCAAAGGUCAUCAGUCCUCCAAAAUAUAAUGAGAAAGUGAACGGUGAAGUACAAUUCAGCAAAAGGUUUAAUAAAUGGAAAGACGCUUUUCUGAGUGCCUUCAAGGUGAUGGACAAGGAAAUCAAGCUUCUUGAGAACGUGGAUUGCUCUUGCAGUGGAACUACUGCUGUUGUUGUUGUAAGGCAGGGCGAUUAUCUUAUUGUUGGGAAUCUUGGUGAUUCAAGAGCAAUUGUGGGAACAAAAUCAGAGAAUGGAAUUGUUCCAGUUCAAUUAACUACAGAUCUCAAGCCUGGUUUACCUGGGGAAGCAGAUCGAAUAAGGAAGUGCAACGGUCGAGUGCUUGCAUUGAAGGAAGAACCACAUGUUCAGCGAGUGUGGCUACCACUGGAUGAUUCUCCCGGCCUAGCCAUGUCACGAGCUUUUGGAGACUUCGCGCUUAAAAACCAUGGCAUCAUUGCCAUCCCUGAGGUCUCUUAUCACCAGUUGUCUCAGAAAGAUCAGUUUCUUGUUCUGGCGACAGAUGGGGUUUGGGAUGUACUUUCCAAUGAUCAAGUAACAUCCUUAGUUUCUUCAGCGGCUAGUGAAGAAGCAGCAGCAAAAGCAGUGGUCGAUGCAUCAAUAGCAGCGUGGAAACAAAAGUUUCCUAAUUCAAAGAGAGAUGACUGCACUGUCCUCUGCCUCUUCUUGCAAAAGAGUCAACCAUGUACUCUAACCUAAAUCCUCGGGCUGCAGACCUGCAAAUGCUCUGCGAGAGACCUUGUCUCAGGCUCUGAGACUAAUGUGCUGGAUGAAGGCAGUAUAGGCGUUGUAAGAAACUUUGCAUGUUACUGUUAUUCUUGGAUAUGAUCAAGUGGAAUGUACAAGCAACUGCCUGUACAUUCGUCUUCAGCACACGAGUCCAAGAAUUGCAGUUUCAGAGAACAAGAACAGGAGGAGGAGCACUUGUGCUAGAUAGAAGAAGUGUUUCGAUAACACAAAACUUGGACCGUGAGAUGGUUCAACAAAUCUUACCCUGUUUUGCAGUAAUGCCUAAUAUACUCUUGCUUAUUAAUCCAUCUAGCAAACUCCUAAUUGAACACGAUACAAGUGCAAGUCACAUUCUGAUCCGCAAGGUAGUUCAAUUAUCACCCUGAUGGAUCUUUCCACCACG